AAACCCGUCUAUGUCUCAAAUGCUUGAUUUCAAUAAAAUCAAGCGUUCGCAUUUAAUAAACCAGUCACCUUGUUCCAUGUGACCAUAGCAACGAGAAAGCCAAGAUGGCGAAGUUUGUUAUUGCUGGUCAAGCAGACUGUCCGUACUAUGCCAGAGCAGAACUACUAGGAGAUAAACUAGCCAUCAAUCUGCCAGACUUCAAACUACACAAAAUAGUCAAGACUCAAGAUGAAUGGCAGUCUUGGUUGGUGCAAACGUGUCAGACAAGAGGUUGGAGGCACGAAAAGUCCCCUCUGAUAUGGCGAGAGCUAAUAGACCGAGGGGGCAAGGGGGUACUCAUUGGGGGCGCAAAUGAGUUCCAGGAAUACGCCCAGGGCUACUAUGGCAUUGAGUCGAGCCUUAUGAGUGACAACAUGCAAAAAAUUGCAGCAGAAAAUGAGAAAUGCAAAUCUGAAAUUGACCAGAUAACUGCUGCGUUCAAAGCUCAGAGUCAGCCAGUGCAUGUAUGUAUAACCAAUGCCUCGUCCAAUAUCUGUUACAAUAUGAUAGACUCACUGUGCAGGGGCGACAUCUUUGGUGGCGAUACCGAGCUGAUCAUUCAUCUCCUGGAUACACCAGAGAAGGAGGAAUAUUUGAACGGUGUGAAAAUGGAGGCUGAAGACCUGGCACGAGGCCUGCUGAGGGGAGUCGUAGUGGAGAAUGAGGUGGAAUCUGCCUUCAGAGGCUGCAGUUAUAUUGUCCUGCUGGACGACAUUCAAAAGGGAGAAAAAAGCAAAGAAGAAUGGAUUAAAGAAAACUGUGUUUUAUUUAUCAACUAUGCUAAAACUAUUGCUGCCGUUGCAGAUCCAUCUGUUAAAGUGCUGAUUGCUGGAUUUGGACCUGUUAAUUUCAAUGCAUACAUGAUGAUUAGAAUUGCACCAACAAUUCCACGACAAAAUAUUGUAGCUUUGUCGAGACUGGUUGAAAAUCAUGCUAAAUCUGUGAUUGGAGAACGCCUUAAAGUGAACACAUCCGGAGUGGUGGACAUGAUCGUGUGGGGAAACCCAAAUGGUGGACACUUCAUUGACCUCUCCCGAUGCCGCGUUCACGGCUACGAUGGAGCAAUUGUUGGCCCUGAUUCUUUCUCGCUUUCAUCUCUAGAGAUGGUGUACGACAAGAAAUGGCUGGAGACAGAGUUCCUUGAUCUUGUGAAGACAAAAAAAUCCCGUACGGAGGAAGCCCUGAAUCACACGGCCACUUUGUCCAUAGCGACUGCUGUCAACUCAACUCUGAAACACUGGUGCCAAGGGUCACCUUCUGGACAGAUGUUUUCCCUGGGUGUUUGUUCGGAGGGCUGGUAUGGGGUUCCUCAGGACCUUGUGUUCUCAUUUCCUGUGACCUUUCACCCCAAGGGAAAUUGGAACGUGGUACAAGACAUUGAACUUUUUGCAGAGGUCAAUGCCAAACUCCUAGAAGCUGUUAAGGACAUUGAGUCGGAGAUUGAGGUGAUCUACCCUCGGCCGAAGCCACCAACCCCUGAGCCAGCAGAUGCAAACAACAGCGCUUUGCAGACAGCUGACAAGACAGAAGGGGCAGAACAAAGACUGGAAACUAUUGUAGAGGAAAAGAAGGAAACAACUUCAGAUGAAGGGGAGAAAACUGCCACAGAUGGUGAGGCAUCAGCAUCAGCAGGAGAGGCAACUGAUACGCCAAAACCAGCUGAGGAAUCAGGGGAGGUGACUCAGACAGAAGAUGAUAAGGGAGAGGAGCAAUUACCGACUGAAUAACUGUGACUAUUAGUGAAUGAAAUAAUUAUAAAUAGCAAAAAUGACUAUGUUUUUCAUUUGGAUGAAAACUUAAGUCUGGCUGGAAUAAAAUAAGUCUGGAGCUGUGUAGUUUUUUUCCUUCAACUUUGUAAUUUUAUAUAACAGGACACAAUGAUGUAACAUAAUAAAUUUACUUAUAAAUAUAAUGUUCUGGACAUGUUGAAGGUUUUAUAUGUAAUAAUGACAUAUUGAGUUGCAUUUUCUUACGUCAUAUUACUCUUCUUUUUCCGCUGUUUCACUUUUUUUUAAUAAUGACAUAUUGAGUUGCAUUUUCUUACGUCAUAUUACUCUUCUUUUUCCGCUGUUUCACUUUUUUUUAAUCAGACAGUAUAUGUGUCAUGUGAACAUUUAACAAACUGUUCUGAACAAAAUGCCAGAAUGUUUUAUUAAUCAAGAGUGUAUGGAAAAGUGUUUUCAUAUGCAGCUUUGUAGCUGCAGAAAAUUCUGCAAGUUGUCACGGUCUCAUUACAGAAAACGGUAUCUAAUAAAUAGACUGUUCAGGCUUCUUUUGCAAACAAUUAACAAUAGCUUUAAAUGUCAUUAAUAAAGAUAGGCCAUGAUUCAAAUGGAGAUGUUAUUAUAAGCAUAUAUGUUUAUUAAUUUAUUUCAUGUUAUAGUAAAGUUAUGUCUCAAAUCUGA